GGAGUGUGGAGUCCAGACAUUGAGCAAAGCUUUCAGGAAGCUUUGGCGAUCUACCCUCCCUGUGGAAGGAGGAAGAUCAUACUAUCAGACGAGGGGAAGAUGUAUGGUCGAAAUGAGCUGAUAGCUCGCUACAUCAAGCUACGGACAGGGAAGACGCGCACACGUAAACAGGUGUCUAGUCACAUUCAGGUUCUGGCACGUAAGAGGGUACGAGAAUACCAAACAAGCAUCAAGGCCAUGAACUUGGACCAGGUAUCCAAAGACAAGGCUUUGCAGACAGUGGCCAAUCUCUCAUCUGCUCAGAUUGUGUCUGCAAGUGUGAUGAAAGCCCAGACUCCAUACCCUCCACCAGUCAGAUUUUGGCCCGGCCCUUUGCCAGGACAGCCUGGACACUCUCAGGACAUCAAGCCCUUUGCACAGCCGCCUUUCACUACAAUACCAGCCCCUGUUCCUCCACCCAUCACAGGUUAUGAGCCCCUGCCUCCUCCACGCCCUGCAGCGUUAGCAGCACCUGUAUGGCAAGACAGAACUAUUGCCUCUACAAAACUCCGCCUGCUGGAGUUCUCUGCUUUUAUGGAGAACCAGAGGGACAGAGAAGCGUUCAAACACCUUUUUGUACACAUUGGCCCAUCAAACCCGGGCUACAACGACCCUGUUUUGGAGUCCAUAGAUGUGAGGCAGAUUUACGACAAGUUCUCAGAGAAAAAAGGAGGCCUGAAGGAGCUCUACGAAAAAGGGCCACACAACGCUUUCUUCCUCGUCAAGUUCUGGGCGGACCUGAGCAGUGAUGUUGAGGAGGGUUCUGGCGUAUUCUACGGAGUGAGUAGCCAGUACAGUGGAGCAGAAAACAUCACCAUCAGUGUCUCAACAAAGGUCUGCUCUUUUGGCAAACAGGUGGUAGAGAAGGUUGAGACUGAAUAUGCACAUUUGGAAGGAGGAAAGUACGUGUUCCGCAUCCAUCGCUCCCCCAUGUGUGAAUAUAUGAUCAAUUUCAUCCACAAACUCAAACACCUGCCUGAGAACUACAUGAUGAACAGUGUACUGGAGAAUUUCACCAUCCUGCAGGUGGUGUCCAACAGAGAAACUCAGGAGACUCUGCUGUGCAUCGCCUUUGUGUUUGAAGUGUCCACAAGUGAACACGGAGCCCAGUACCAUGUGUACCGACUAGUUAACGACUAGCAGCACUUGACGUGCAUGCAGAGACUCUUCAGAAACUUUUUGGAUACAUAAAAAAAACACUAUUUUUCCAGCUGAAACACACUAUCUUUUCUCUUCUCUAAAAAACAAAAACACUUGUGUUCCCACAGACCAACAGUCACACUGUUGUCACACCUUAUGUUUGUUGAACGCUUAUGCAUUUACAGUGCGAUUUUUUUAAACAUGUAAUGACUCACACAGUUUGUUGAAACCCAGUGUUACAGUUUUUUUUUUUUACCAAUAAGCGAUAGCAUUCUUGGCGAAUUACUCUGCACACUGCCUCUGUAAACUGCUGCAGUAUGCACAGUCCUUAUAGUCCACGCAUGUCAGCUGUAGGGCUGUCGUCGAGCUCCUCACUCUUUGCAUCAGGGUUGAAAAGUUGAGGAAGAAAUCUGAAGCAGAGACAGUUUUGAGAUGGACAAAAAAAAAACAGAAAAUUUGAGAACCUACGUGCAGCUUGUUGAUAGAAAGUAGACCAAAAAAAUCAGGUAAUAUAUCCUUUAAGAGUUUGAUUUAGAGAGAAAUUGACAGAGAUCACUGACUGACCUGAUUUCCUCAGGCAGAUCACGCUUUUCCUCUUUUAGUUUCAGCCUGAUAUUUGGAAAAGACAGGAGACCUCAGCCGAGGAUCUCAACUUAUGUGUUAGUUCAUACUCUCGAUAUGCGGUUCUGCAGCAGCAGGUGAGUUGUGCCAGAGAGAGCCAAAGACCAGAAAAAGCAUCAAUGCGUCUCCUUCCAUUACAUGCUGUGAUGUACUUAAAUUGAAAAUACUCAUUUUAACAAGCAUAUGCAUUGCGUCAGAGGUGUGACUAAUGUGAGACAAGUUUAAAUAUAGGUUGGCAAACAAAUCAUUUAAUCAGUGUUAAUGUAACUCUGCCACAAUGACUAUUUCUUUUACAGUUUGUAAUAUCUCUGUUAGGUGUAAGUUGAACAAGCCUAUAUAAUGGUUUAUCCAUUGUCACCGCUUUGUGUGGAAUCACGAUGCCCAGCUGCUCUGAUCUAAACUCUUUUUUUAUCGUUUGACAGAAAAUAUGAGUGUGCCUCUUUACGGAAUGUAAUGCACUACAUGUAAAGACAUAAAAAAAGCCGUAUUUAUGUUGGUUACGCGGUGUCAAAGUAUUAAAAAGAGCCAUCAUUUAGGUGCAUUUGCUUUUCAAAGGAACUUGGUGGUGCAGAGUGAGGGAAGCAGACCCUUUGAUCAUAUCACAAGGAGGGGUUUAUUAAUACAGCUCACUAGUCUUUAGAAACAAACUGUUCAAAACCAGGUUCAGUUUACACUUUGGUGUCAGCAGCAUUUUGAAUGAAAAAUUAUCUUUACUGUUCAUCAACACACUACUGUAAUUACUCAGACUGUGUGAGCUUGCUGCAGUAUUUCUACCUCCCUGUGAGUUGGGAUAAGAAUGUGCUUUGGCCCAUAAGGCCUGAACUUGAGGAGCACUGAUUUAUAGGAUAUGUACACUACACUUGUAAUGGUACUGUUUAUACGCCAAAGCAAGGUAAAUGGACAUGUUUUUGUAAAGAUUGACUAUCUUUUUUUGUAUCUUCCAAGCACAGAAGUGUUACUCUAACACCAUAAAUGUUGGGUGUUUCAGUUUUUAUCGUUUUUUUAAUGCAAAAUUAUGUAUGGUACAGACCACACUACGGUCACCCACAGUGCACUGGGGGUGAUUUUUGCCUUAUAACACUAGCAGAUUAUCCAGUAUACACAUUUAUUUCUGUUAUGUUUUAUGUAAUGUUUGUGCUCUCUGGUACACAUGACUACCAGUAUUUUUAUAGUAAAUUUUGUGCGCCCUCUCCUGGCAGGUUUAUCUCUACCCUUGUAGUUGGUGACAAAUAAUUGUGUUUAUAAAAACCAAGCGCCAGAUUGUUAGGUUUAAAUAACAAUACUCACUGCGUGGUCUGAAAAUAUGUUUGUUCUUUUGAUUUUUUUUCUGUUUGUAUUUUGGAUGGCUGUGCCUCAUCACUCCUUUUGGUCAAGUAUGCUCAGUGAAUGAAAUCUGUGCCUUUAUGCUGUACCAAUAAAAUCCCAUGGUGUUUGCAAGA